CGAAUUUGAGGUAACACAACUUCUUCCGGCCAACUCAUCAACGCUGUUGUCAGUGCAAAUGUGUCACUUUAUGUCAGUCAGUGAAAUAAUUGGUAGAUAGCUUCAUUUUAGAGUAGACAGAAGAGAAGAAAUCAGUCAAAAUGAUGUUGCUGACGAUGAUCGUUCGAGUCGCCGACGGCUUGCCACUUGCUGCAUCUAUGCAAGAGGAUGAGCAGUCUGGACGAGAUUUACAGAAGUAUCAGAAUCAAGCCAAGCAGCUUUGUCGAAAACUGAAUGAACAGAGUCCUGCACGGUGUACUUUAGAAGCAGGUACCAUGUGCUUUCACUAUGCCAUUGAGAAGGGAGUGUGUUACUUGGCCUUAUGUGAAGCCGGAUUCCCCAGGAAACUGGCAUUUGCCUAUCUGGAGGAUCUUGAGGCAGAAUUCAGUGAGCAGUAUGGGAAAAAGGUCCCAUCAGUGUCCAGGCCAUACUCUUUAAUUGAAUUUGACACAUACAUACAGAAGACCAAAAAGUCUUACGUUGACAGCAGAGCCCGAAGAAAUAUGGGCAACAUCAAUACAGAGUUGCAGGAUGUUCAAAGGAUUAUGGUUGCCAAUAUAGAGGAGGUUCUCCAGCGUGGAGAAGCUUUGUCUGCUCUGGAUUCCAAGGCUGCUAAUCUGUCCAGUUUGUCUAAGAAGUACCGCAGCGAUGCCAAAUAUCUCAACACAAGGUCCACCUAUGCUAAACUGGCUGCUGGUGCUGUUAUUCUCAUCACACUCAUUGUGUAUGUACGCUUCUGGUGGCUGUGAAUGUAAAUGACAAAUUCAAGCAGAAACUCUCAGGGCUUUAGUUCAGAAAUGCUGGCAGAUCCAACAGUUCAUUAUGGCCUUAAAGUGAUGUUUGAGAGACUAAAUAUAGCCUCUGAAUGAAGAAUGUGAUGUGUUCACAAUGCUGAUGUCUUUUCAUUGUUUUAUUGUAACUUAAUUUAUAACUGUAGGUGUAAGUUGUUGAUGUACUUUUGGUUGAUUUUUUUUCAUAAUGUACGUAUUACUAAACUAUGCAAGGUGUAAGUUGUGUUCUUUUGAAUUCAUACCAGGAGUUUGAAAAAUGUGAAAAAUAUUGUUUAUUUGUAAAUUUUAAGGAGCACACAUUAGUACAUAAUGACAAAAGCAUUAUAAAGGGUUAUUGUUCUAGAAGAUAUACAUGAUGCAAAAUAAAAAAACACUUCAAUACA